UAGAAGAACAGCCAGGCAAACGCCAGCCGGCCAGCACCACGGGCCGAUCAGAGCUUCCAGGGCUCUGGGCUUCACAGCUCGCUGGAGGGUGGGGAGGAAGAGGGGGGAGCCUUGCUGGGGACCAAGCCCAGAGCUGAGAGGAGAGGCAGGCGCGCAGGUGGUCACCUGGACCAUGAGGUCAUCCCUCUGCUGGCUCCUCCCACUUCUCCUGAUCUUGGCCUCAGAGGCCCAAGGCCAGCCAACAAGACGACCCCGACCAAGGCCCAGGCCCAGGCCCAGGCCCAGACCCAGGCCCACACCCAGCUUUCCUCUGCCCCCUGAGCCGGCAGAGCCUACAGACCUGCCUCCUCCCCUCCCACCAGGCCCACCAUCUAUCUUUCCCGACUGCCCCCGGGAAUGCUACUGCCCCUAUGAUUUCCCGUCUGCCCUCUACUGUGACAGCCGCAACCUCCGGAAGGUGCCCGUCAUCCCGUCCCGCAUCCAUUACCUCUACCUCCAGAACAACUUCAUAACCGAGCUCCCGCUCGAGUCCUUCAGGAACGCCUCGGGCCUGAGGUGGAUCAACCUGGACAACAACCGAAUCCGCAAGAUAGACCAGAAGGUGCUGGAGAAACUCCCGAGGCUGGCGUUCCUGUACGUGGAGAAGAACCAGCUCCAAGAGGUGCCCUCGGCCCUGCCCCGGAACCUGGAGCAGCUGCGGCUGAGCCAGAACCAGAUCUCCAGGAUCCCGCCCGGCGUGUUCAGCAAGCUGGAGAACCUGCUGCUCUUGGACCUGCAGCACAACAAGCUGAGUGACGGCGUCUUCAAGCCUGACACCUUCCAGGGCCUCAAGAGCCUCAUGCAGCUGAACCUGGCCCACAACACCCUGAGGAGGAUGCCGCCCAAGGUCCCCACCGCCAUUCACCAGCUCUACCUGGACAGCAACGAGAUCGAGGCCAUCCCGAGUGGGUACUUCAAGGGCUUCCCCAACCUGGCCUUCAUCCGCCUCAACUACAACAAGCUGUCGGACAGGGGCGUCCCCAGGAACUCCUUCAACAUCUCCAACCUGCUGGUGCUCCACCUGUCCCACAACAAGAUCAGCAAUGUGCCUGCCAUCAGCAACAGGCUGGAGCACCUGUAUCUCAACAACAACAGCAUCGAGAAAAUCAACGGCACCCAGAUUUGCCCCAACAACCUGGUGGCCUUCCACGACUUCUCCUCGGAUCUGGAGAACGUGCCGCACCUCCGUUACCUGCGGCUGGACGGGAACUACCUGCAGCCGCCCAUCCCGCUGGACCUCAUGAUGUGCUUCCGCCUGCUGCAGUCCGUGGUCAUUUAGGCCGUGGGUGCCCUGGGUCUCCUCUGACCGCACUUGAAUGCUGGUGGGCAGGUGCCUAUGCCCGCCGGGCGUUUCCUCCCUCUUUCCUGCUCCCAGCUUUGCCCUUCUCAUCCCUCCUUCCUGAGGCGGGGACACGCCACAUACCCUGCUGCACCACAGCUUCUGCAGCGAGAGCUCUGAGGGCCUGCUGGCCCCACCCAGCCCAGAGACUCCCAGGCUCUGGCCCCAGACACACAGAUGUGUGUCUAAAGACGUCACAGCCCCUUCUCUCUUCUCCUCCCCCAACACUCCUGGGUAAGUUUCGGCCAGGGACUGACGUCUGGGUCCCGGUCUUGGCCGAAGCCAGCAGAAGAUGGCCGGUCAGGAGCAGCCCAGAGGUGAGGUGUUGGAACACCGGCUGGAGACUCUCCCAUCGUGGGCGGCUCUGGCCCCAAAAGGCCGAGAAGCCCGGGUGCCCUUAGCCAAGGAUCCCAUCAUCCAAAACUACUGCCCCACCGCCCUGUUCACUGGCACCGGACGUGGUGCAGGCUCUCUGCUGACUGUUCUCCAGACCGGAAGCGAGGGAAUGGCCGAGGGUGGGCGGAGGAUCGGGGUUCCUACACAGCCUGCGUCUGGCCGUCUCUUCACAGGGAUGAGCUGAGGCCUCAGCCCGAGGCCUCCUCCCUGAGACUUCCUCUCCUGAGAGUCAGAACAGGGGGCAACAGUCAAGGAGAAAAAUGGCUCAAGGAGCUAGGAAUCAGCCUGUGGGGAGCGCUGGGGGUCAGAGCCCCUGGACGGGCCCGUGUGGGUACAGAUGGGUCCCACAGCCCGCUGGGCCGCUCUGGACCAGGGGCCUGAUGCCCUGGGGAACAUAGCGUCCACAGUGGAGGGUACAGAGCCAGCAGCCCCACCCUUCCAUCUGUUCUCUAUCAGCGUGGGUGGCCCAACCCUUCCCAACCCCUGGGAGCGGAUCUUGAGAAGAGGCUGGAGAAGGGGCAGAGCACCUGGAAAUCUCCCAGAAGCCUCUUCUCUGUGUGCAAAUUGACCUCACCCCUCUUAAGACAGACACAUCAGUGACACCUGGUGGCCGGUGCAGGUCACAGCCAGCCCAGUCUUCUCACGUGUCGGGGUGAUUUUCCAAGGUCAAGUUGCUGGCCUCCAGCUCCAACUUGCAAAGCCAUGGGCCAUGAGCAUCUCCGAUUUCUCCUCUGGGGUCUAAAGGGCACAAAGGUACAGAGACCCUAAGGCAAGGGACUGAUUCCCAUCAUGAGUGAGCGUAAGUAGGAACCUUCGGAAACCCAGGAGACAGAUUGUCCUGUUUGCUGUCUGAGCUUGUAGGUCCCUUCUUCCCUCAGCUCCCAUGUCUGUAAACCCAGGGGUGGUAAGAUGUCCCUCUGAGGUCCCUCCAGCACUCAUGGUCCAGUCUGUGGCUCCAGCCUUUAGGCCCUGCUCUAAUUCAGGACAAGUCCUAAAUACUGUCCCCUUCCCCUGCAGUAAUUUAUUCCCUGUGUGGACUGUCCCCCCUCCAAAGUUCCCCACCUCCCUGCCUGGGCCAGGUGAGUGACUUGGCAGGCCUCCAAGCACAGCCUGGGACUCCAGGGCUGACCCGCCUCCCCCUUGCCCUUCACUUCCUCUUCCCCUAAGGCGUGCUGCCCCUGACAGCCCCCUGAGUAUGUAUGUUGGUGGUGGGUUGGGGGGGAUGUUCUAGAAUUUAGGAGGACACAGUGCCCACCCUCAAGUUAGGUUGAGAAAAAUUCAGAGAUUUUUAAGAAGUUGCGUUAAGCUAGGUCUCUAACUUCAAGAGAUCCUGUUGUACUUUCUCAUCUGUCUCUUUCGCUAAUUGACAGAAAACGGGGCCCAUCUCCUCGUAGCCUCCUCCUCCGUGCGCCCAUACAACUGCCCCUUUCUUCCUAGCUGUGGCUUUUUUCUCCGAGGCUCCUGCUUAAAGUCAGUGUGUUACUGUGGCUGUAAGCAACCUGGUGCUGUGGCCUGGAUAAGCCUCCCUCCCACACCCUGCUCACACCCUGCAACCUUAGACCCUCUGAUGGGACCAUCCUGGGGGCAAAGCUGGGGCUCCCAGUGGGGAGGGCUCACUCCCUGCUCCCGCAAACCGGGGGUGUUCUGUUUCAGCAGCAACCCGAUCACCACCGUUCGGCUGCCCCGUCUAGAAUAUGUCUGCUCCCCCCAUUGCUCCUUGGCAGCAAUAAGCCAGAGGGGAUUCAAAUUCAAUUGGCCUUAUAGCAACACCACCCCCACACACAACAUGCUGGUUCCCCUGGGUUUCAGGAAGCCCCCUCCUCCACACACAAGUUCAUUCUGUCCGUGCUGUCAGCAACUACAUAUACAUGUGUGUACGUAGGUGUGUAUGUGUUCUCUGUACAUACAUCUAUUCUUUCUCGAAGGCCAUGUUAACUGCGUGAAACAACUUUCACAUUCCAACAUGCUUCACAGCAGAGGAAAUAAAGUAAUAUGAAAGAUA